AUGCUCCCCACUCCUUCAACAUCCCAUGUCUCUUUUGACACCGUCUAUGAACCAGCAGAAGAUUCAUUCCUCUUCCUAGACACGCUAUCCUCAGAGUCAGAAGCCUCAUGGCUCACAAGCCGGUUUAAUUUAGACUCAACACCACCAUUGCUGGUCGAAGUCGGCAGUGGAUCCGGGGUUGUCAUUGCCUUUGCAGCAGCAAAUGCGCAGCACAUCUUUGGCAGAGACGAUAUCCUCGUCUUACCGAUAGACGUCAACCACGAUGCGUGUCGCGCAACGAGGCGGACUGUCCAAACCGCCAUUGCCGAGAAUAAUGACUCUUCUACAGGCAGCAGCAAGAACCAGGGACAACAACAGACGCAAUUUGUAGGCUCGGUGAUGGCAGACUUGGUUUCUGCAUUGAAACCCGGAAGUGUGGAUGUGCUGCUGUUCAAUCCACCGUAUGUACCGACUCCUGAUGUGCCACCGACGCCGUCGACUGGAUCUACGACUCGGGAUACUGCGACGUUGUCACGGUCAGAGAAAUUCGAAUACGAAUCCUAUCUUCUCUCACUUUCUUACGCUGGCGGGGCAGAUGGCAUGGAAAUUACGAAUCGGUUUAUUGACGCCAUCCCAUCAACACUUAACCCGGAGCGAGGCGUUGCAUAUCUUUUACUAUGUGCUCAGAACAAACCAGAGCAAGUCAAAGCCAGGAUUGUGCAAGACUGGCAAGGCUGGACUGCUGAGAUUGUCGGCAGAAGUGGUGUCAAGGCUGGCUGGGAAAAGCUGGUUAUUCUGAGGAUAUGCAGAGAGGAAACGUGA